CACUUUUCACCUCCCCAUAUAUGAUGCACCACUCCAAUAAUUGUCUCCAUAAAUUUACAGUAUAUUUUAGUUACGAAAUAAAAGUCCUCUCCUCUCCUCGCAUCAUUCUCUCUCUCUCUCCUCCUUUUUCUAUAUAGGGUCUAGUUUUCCGCACCAAGGAGAGGGUUUGGAUUGUUUUUUCUCCAUAGGAAGAAUACUCUUGAGGUGUGGAUUUUUAGGGGUGUCAGGGGUUACGUGAUGGGUUUUUCUUCUUCAGUUUGGUGCUCAAUUAGUAUAACACCUUUUUAGUGAUUCCAUUGUAACUGAUUUAAAGCUUGAAGUUGGAUUAGAGUUCAUAAUCUGCGAUUUUGGGUUGGUUUUGAGGGGAUUGAAACGAUGAUGAUGUUUGAAGACAUGGGGUUUUGUGGUGACAUUGAUUUCUUGCAAUCUCUUCCGGUGAAGGGAGCAGAUAUGUGUGCUCCUCAGCCUGCUGAGGCGGAGGCGGAGCCGGAGUCGGUGGUAGAGGAUGACGACUACACCGAUGAUGAGAUCGACGUGGAUGAACUCGAGAAGAGAAUGUGGAGGGACAAGAUGCGGUUGAAAAGGCUAAAAGAGAUGAGCAAGGGGAAAGAAGGUGUUGAUUGUGUGAAGCAACGGCACUCGCAGGAGCAGGCGAGGAGGAAGAAGAUGUCGAGGGCUCAAGAUGGGAUCUUGAAGUACAUGCUGAAAAUGAUGGAAGUGUGCAAAGCUCAGGGCUUCGUCUACGGGAUCAUACCGGAGAAGGGCAAGCCCGUGAGCGGGGCAUCCGACAAUCUGAGGGAGUGGUGGAAGGAGAAGGUGAGGUUUGAUCGAAACGGCCCAGCUGCGAUAGCCAAAUACCAAUCGGAUAACAUGAUCCCGGGCAAGAAGGAGGGGUGCGCCCCUAUCGGUCCGACCCCUCACACGUUGCAGGAGCUUCAGGACACCACCCUCGGCUCCCUGCUCUCGGCUCUGAUGCAGCACUGCGACCCUCCUCAGAGGCGAUUCCCGUUGGAGAAGGGGGUCUCGCCUCCGUGGUGGCCGACUGGGAAGGAGGAGUGGUGGCACCAGUUGGGCCUCCAGAGGGACCAAGGCGGCCCUCCGCCUUACAAGAAGCCUCACGACUUGAAGAAGGCGUUCAAGGUCGGCGUCCUCACCGCCGUCAUCAAGCACAUGUCUCCCGACAUUGCCAAGAUUCGGAAGCUCGUGAGACAGUCCAAGUGCUUGCAGGAUAAGAUGACGGCCAAGGAGAGUGCGACUUGGCUCGCCAUUGUUAACCAGGAGGAAGCCAUUGCUCGGGAGCUCUACCCCGACAGCUGCCCGCCCCUGUCCUCCUCCGAGGGCAGCGGGUCGUUCCCCAUCAACGACACCAACGAGUACGAUGUAGACGGGGCCGAGCCGUCUAGCUUCGACGACGUGCAAGAGCAGAAGCCUAACCCGCUCGCUCUGUUCCAUCCCCAUCCCAUCAAGGAUGAGACCAUCAUCAACCUAGACUUCUCCAAGAAGCGAAAAUCGAGCAACGAGGCGAAUGGCGCGAUGACGAUGAUGAUGGAUCAUCAACAGACGCUCUACACGUGCGAGUUCCUUCAGUGCCCGCACAGCGAAGCUCGCUACGGCUUCCGUGAUCGAGCGUGGAGGGACAACCACCAACGCUCUUGCCCUUUCAAGCAGCAGUGCGAGUUCGGCGUUUCGAGCUUCCACAACAAUAAUCACGCGAACGAGAUGAAGGCGGCGGCCGCGUUCGAUCUGUCCGGAGCCGGGGUCCCGGAAGACGGGCAGAGGAUGAUCAACGAGCUGAUGUCGUUCUACGAGAGCAACGUCAAUGCCGGCGGCAACGGCGCGGUGGCAAAGGAUUUGCAGGGUGUGAACAUGGCCUCCGACGAUGCGGCACUGUUCCCGAUGAUGUUCAGCUCGCCGUUCGACGUGUCGGCGUCGACGGACUUCGGCGAGGGCUUUCCGAGGGACAAGCAAGAUGUGUCCAUGUGGUACUAACUAACGAUGCACGGACAGCCUCAAUCAAACAUGGCUUGUGUUGUAAUAAGCGAAUGAGGAUUUGCGCGUGCAAUAUAGAUUAUUAGGAUUAUGUAGUAAUGUAGAUAUAUGAUAUAUAUAUAGUUUAUGGUAUAUUUUUGUUGUGUAGGUUUGAUUUUCUAUUUGGUUUAGGUUGUUGAUGUACAACCUUAAUUAUGUUGUGUUUGAUGUUGUUUUAGUUGACGUUUGAGGGGUAAGGUGGGUGGGUGUAUUUUGUUGACUUGACUGAAGAUGUAUGAUAUUGAUAUCAUAAUUCAUAAAUAAAUUAUCAAAUAGUUCAUCCUCA